AUGUUACAUUCCUUAACUAAACUAAUACCUAGAAGGUUUUCUCCGAAACCUCCAUAUAAGGUUAGUAUAAGAACUCAGUUAACAGCACUAGUUAGUCUUGUUGCCAUUUUAUCGUUGGUUAUUUUGGCAAUCACCACAGGUGUUUAUUUUACAUCAAAUUAUAAGGAUUUGAGAUCUAAUCGUCUGUAUAUUGCUGCACAACUUAAAUCAUCUCAACUGACCCAAACUUUGAACUAUCUGUUUUAUCAAUGUUAUUACUUAUCUUCAAGAGAUACUUUACAGAAAAGUCUGGCAAAUUAUGUUGCAGGAAAUAAAUCCGAGAGUAAUUGGGUAGAUUCUCUAAGUGUUGUUGAAAAAUUCUUAAGUUCUUCGAAUUUAUUUUAUGCUUCUAGAGUGUAUGAUUCGACUUUUUCGACAGUCAUGAACGCCACAAAUAAUUCUACAGGUGAUCAGAUACCAGAUUCAGUUUUAUCGCAGUUAUUUCCAUUAUCAACAAAUAUCUCUCUACCUUCUUCACUGGACUCAGAGGGUAUACUUACCGAUCCAGUUAAAAAUGGUACAGAUUACUUGAUGUCCAUGUCUCUACCAAUUUUUACCAAUCCAUCCAUUAUUUUAAGCGACGUUAGUAAAGUUUAUGGAUACAUCACCAUUGUUAUGUCAGCUCAAGGUGCAUAUGGUGUUUUCAAGGAUACUACUGCAUUGGAGAAAUCAAAUGUUGCCGUACUAUCAUCAGUGAGGAAUAGCUCAGGAUAUCUUACUGGUUAUCAUUUUGUAUUCCCACCACAGGGGACACCAUCUGAUAUAAUAUCAACAGAAAUUGCUCUGGUAAAUGGGACUUUCUUAAACUCGGCUUUUAGGCUUGGUAGAGCUGGUUCUGUAAAGAGUACGAAGUUUAUUAUUUAUUCGAAUAAUGUUGCUGUUGGUUAUUCCCCCUGUACCUUUCCGCUAGUGAAUUGGGUUGCCAUUGUAUCUCAAGCCGAAUCUGUAUUCUUAUCGCAAUCGAUUAAAUUGGCAAAAAUUAUUGCAGGAACAGUAGUGGCCAUAGGCGUUUUUGUGAUUGUAGUCACGUUUCCCUUAGCACAUUGGGCUGUCAAACCUAUUGUAAGAUUACAGAAGGCUACUGAAUUAAUAACCGAAGGUAGAGGUCUAAGAACUAAUUCACCUGGAAGCCAAUCCGCCAGUCGCAAUAAUUCCAUAAGAAGAACAUCAUUCCAAUCAUCGCGAUUCCAUUUCUCCAAUAGUAUAAUAGGAAAUCUAAAAUUUGAUAGAAAUGACCAAAAUUUUAACAACAGUGUGAAUGAAAAGGUCCAUUUGACGUCGUCGUCAUUAGCAGCAUCUAUGCAUGCUGAUAGCCUACACCACAUAGAUGGGAGUAACUUACAUCCUAUAUCUCCUCUAGAUGACGCCUCAUCAAAUAAAGAAGCUCACAGUAUGACAACAGAUUCUAACGAAAGAUUAUCAAAUAAGUCUAGAAACCUCACAACCUCGACUAAUCUAAUUGAAGCUAGAGUACCAUUCUCGAGAACAUUAUUUUCUGAUGAACUUUCGGACCUUACAGAAACAUUCAAUACCAUGACAGAUGCAUUAGAUCAGCAUUAUGCAUUGCUGGAAGACCGUGUUAGAGCUAGAACAAAACAAUUAGAGGCUGCUAAAAUUGAAGCAGAAACUGCAAAUGAAGCAAAAACAGUGUUUAUAGCUAAUAUCUCACAUGAGUUAAGAACCCCAUUAAACGGUAUCUUAGGUAUGGCUGCAAUUUCAAUGGAGGAAGAGGAUAUGGAUAAAAUCAAAAACAGUUUGAAACUUAUCUUUAGAUCUGGUGAACUUCUAUUACAUAUCCUAACUGAACUUCUUACAUUUUCGAAAAAUGUUUUAAGAAGAACAAAGCUAGAGAAAAGAAACUUCUGCAUCACUGAUGUUGCAUUACAAAUUAAGUCCAUCUUUGGUAAGAUUGCCAAGGAUCAACAUGUUCGUCUUUCUAUUAUUCUUUCACCAAAUAUCAUGAGAACAAUGAUUUUAUAUGGGGAUUCUAAUAGAAUCAUCCAGAUUGUGAUGAAUUUGGUAUCGAAUGCAUUAAAAUUUACACCUGAAGAUGGUAAAGUUGAUGUCAGAAUCAAACUUUUAGGUGAGUAUGACGCAAUCUUAAGCGAUAAGUUCCAACACAAGAAAGUUUAUGUUAAAAAUGGGACAGAAUUUCCAGAUGAUGAAUCUACCUCUAGGGUUGGUCGUAAACAAAUUCUGAAUAAUGGUGAAGUUGGAGAUAGUUAUGUCCAAGAUGGUACUGAUCUUAAUAAAGAACAAGCUGAUAAAAUAGAGGAUGGACAUUCAUCGACAGAUUCUGAUAAAGAGGGCGACGAAACAGAUAGCAAAUCAUUAGUUUCUGUAAGUACAAGUUCUUAUGAUGAUACUGUUUUCAAUAGUCAAUUUAAGAAAACUCCACAUUUGUACGAAGAAAUUGAUAAUGAUAAGGGUACCGAAUUGAAAGAACCAAAGACAUGGGUUAUAUCCAUAGAAGUCGAAGAUACAGGUUCUGGUAUCGAUAAGAGUUUACAUGACUCAGUUUUUGAACCAUUUGUUCAAGGUGAUCAAACGCUUUCAAGACAAUAUGGUGGUACUGGUCUAGGUUUAUCUAUCUGUAGACAACUGGCAACUAUGAUGAAUGGUACCAUGGAAUUAAAGAGUGAUGUUGGUGUUGGUAGUAAAUUUACGUUUACUGUACCAUUAAAACAAACUAGAGAAUUACAAUUCGAUGAUAUUGAGACUGCAUUUGAAGAUGAAUUCAAUGCCAAGAGUAAGAAAAAUAGAAAGGUUAAAUUCAGAGUGGCUAGAAGUAUUAACAGUAGAAAGUCUCGGUCAUCCAUUGUUACCGCAGGCAGCAGUUCCAGAAUUAGCCGCUUAAGCACGGAAGAUGUCCAGGAAACACCUCUUGAAGAUGCAACCUAUGACAAAGAAACGAAUACAGAACAGCUACAUGAGGUAGCCUUAUCUAAAGAAAACUAUCACACAAAAAGUUCGUUGAAUUUAGAUAGACCAUUCUUACAAAGUACGGGUACAGCCACGUCAUCCAGAAGUAUACCAUCCCUAGCUAACAGCGGUAAGAGCCUAAAAAUUCUUGUUGCAGAAGACAACCAUGUCAACCAAGAGGUUAUAAAACGUAUGCUGAACCUGGAAGGUAUCAAUUCAAUUGAUUUAGCUUGCGAUGGUCAAGAAGCGUUUGAUAAAAUUAAAGAACUUAAAUCUGAGGAUGAGAAUUAUGAUAUUGUGUUUAUGGAUGUUCAAAUGCCAAAGAUAGACGGAUUAUUAUCUACGAGAAUGAUUCGUCAAGAAUUAGAUUACACAUCUCCUAUCGUUGCUUUGACAGCAUUUGCUGAUGAUAGCAACAUUAAAGAAUGUAUCGAGGCAGGUAUGGAUGGUUUCUUAUCGAAGCCUAUCAAGAGACCGCAAUUGAAGACUAUAAUAAAGGAAUACUGUCCAGACUGGGAACCCCCAGUUAAAAAGACUGACUCAAAAUAUUUGAAAGAGAGGUCAUCAGCCAAAACUUCGAAGGUGGUUUCCUCCCCUCCAAACGAGGAAACUAAACCGGCUUCAUCGAAAGACGUUCAACAAUAA